UGCCGACUCUAUGAGCAACACUGCGUCGUCGGUCGUCGGACCUUCACAGGUUAUGAGCCUCGGCCUUGCGGUUCGACUUAUCACUACCCAGCGAAUACGCCAACAUCGUCUUCCCCUUCACUACCCCUGAACUUCCCACUUGCGACCCUUGGUCUUUGUGGCCUGAUCUCCGUCAGAGCUUUUCAGAUUCGCCAUGUCCUAGGAUAGGACUGGGAGUUGGAGCUGCUGGCUUGACAUGCAGGCCCGAUCUCAGUCAGAGCUUUUCAGACUCGCCAUGCUCCUAGGAUAGGACUGGGACUUGGAGCUGCUGGAUUGACAUGCGUUGCCCAGACGCAAGUUGUCGAACUGGUGAACUUGCUGGAUGUAUGUGGAAGGAAUUUUUCGCUGGAGUCAUGGUCUGGGUGAUUGAUGAGUGCGUAUACCUCUGGUCACCAUCCUGUCCCUACAGUGCUCUGCUGCCUACUUGGCGGUAGCAUCCUCGUGUUGCUCGAGUUACAGCAACCCCCUUUAUUCCACCACCCUCCUUUGCUGGCAUUGCCACACUCGGAAUUUCCCCACUCUCGUUUCCUUACCGAAAUCCCUUCCCACCUCCUUUCGUCACUCCUUUCCACCACUGUCCCUACCAUGUCAACACCAUCGCUUCCCAACGACACACCUCCCCACAUGGCGACUACUUCUAUCCCUGGGUCAGGCUUCCACAAUGCCAUGGCAAAAGUCCCCGUCCUCACUGGGAAAGAAAACUUCCCCAAGUGGAAAACCUCUCUCAUUCUCUACCUGGGUUCCCUUGGUGCGCGUGUCUUCAUUCAGAAUGACAAGUCUCAAAUGGACGACGCAACGUGGCGUGCUCGCGACGAGCAAAUCGCGUAUAGCAUCCUCCUCACCACCUCUUCUCCAAUUCAGCAAUCCCUCUUCCAUCUCCUCGAAGAAACCUCCUCGACCUCCUUAUCAUCCACGGUCUACGAUACCAUUGUCCUCAAUUAUGGCGCUGCAGAUGCGCAAUCUGUCUUCGACAAAGGAAGAGAAUUGUUGGGCAGUACUUGCCAGGAGGGAGGAGAUGUUGCUGAGUGGACUCAUGAAGUGAUGGCGAGGUAUGAGGAGCUCAAGGGUUUGAAGUGGACCCUUGAGGACACGGUUGUCAACGUGCUCCUACAUGGCUUGCCCAGCGGCGAGUAUCAAAACUAUGUCUACAACGUCCUCGCCAAUCCCACUCGACCUACCCCCACCGAUGUUUCUACUGCCAUCCGCCGCCUCGCCGCCCACCAGAAGUCUUCCCGCUCCUUCGGCCCUCCCGACGAGUCUGCUUUAGUUGCCAGCCGGGUCAAGCUCCGUCCCUCUGCCGAAAACCCCUGUCGGCUUUGCAAAGCGCCGGACCAUUGGUCCCAGCAGUGCCCUCGACGAAAUGCAUCUGUUCCUGCAGAGGCAGCCAUGGCCACUGUCGACGAAGAAGGGGACUCUGACGGGUCUGCCUACUGAGCGUGGGGGGAGGGGAAUUGUCUGGCGGAUUGGUUUGUGGCGGAUUGUGGUUCUGGGGGAGCUGGGCCUGGGGAGCUGUCGAGAGGGAGUAAGCGGAGGCGACUUAUUGCUGCUGGGGAACACGACUUUGUCAAGGGCUUUUUUUCUUCUUUGUCAAGGACUCUUCUUCUUGUUUUCUUUUUUAACGGACUUUUCUAUCUUGUCUUUUCAACGUUGUUCCGUUUCUUAAAGAAGAGAGUAGUGAUCAAGGGGGAGUGUCGGAGUCUACUUAAUGGUUGAUUGAUACUACUCUCUUACGUAACGUCACCUUCCAUACAUAUCCCACAUUGUCCGUAGUCAUGUUCUCUAUGCUAUCAAUAUGCCGA